UUAGGGUACACUUUCUGAAGUACAUGGUGAAAGCUGACAACAAGAAGUAACCAACUUUAGGAGGAAACAUAAAUCAGUCUUUUUCUGUUGUGCGAGUUUAAUAAUACAGUGUAUGAGAGGCAGAAGAUGCUGUUGUUCUGCCCGACGUGUGGGAACGUGUUGAUCGUGGAGGAGGGUCAGAGAUGUUACAGGUUCGCUUGUAACACAUGUCCUUACGUUCACAACAUCACCAGGAAGGUCAACAACAGAAAGUACCCCAAACUAAAAGAGGUGGACGAUGUUCUUGGGGGCGCGGCUGCCUGGGAGAACGUGGACUCCACAGCAGAACCAUGUCCGAAGUGUGAGCACCCAAGGGCUUAUUUCAUGCAGAUUCAGACCAGAUCUGCUGACGAACCAAUGACUACUUUCUACAAGUGCUGCAGUCCACAGUGUGGCCAUCGCUGGAGAGAUUGAGUGGACCGUUUCUUUGCAAGGACUGGUUAUUUAUGGAUAUUGCAUCUUGAAACACCAUGAAGAGUAUAUCACUUACACAGAUGCACACAGGCCAAGCCCCUCUAUGGUCAAACCUCUGUGGAAUUCUUACUUGAUAUAUGUAGUGCUAAGACAAGAACCUGAGAUAUGUGCUCCGAAAAAAUUUGUAAUUUAUAAACAUACAUGGUGGAGCUGAAAUGAGCACAGUGUUAUUUCAGAGCAGGAUUAUUUGAUGUCUUAUUUGAUAUGGAAGCAAAUGUAAGCUUAUGCGUGAUUUAUCUGGGUUAAGUAGACACAUUCUUCAACCAAGAAAAGAGUGUGAAAUGAAACUGCUUUAAUUGGAUGAUUUAUGUUGAAUAAAGUGACCACACACA